CCUCCGAAACCACUGUGUCUUCUUCGCCAAAUCCCUGGCUGCCUUAGUUUCCUCACUAUGGGGAGGGUGAGGAGGGGAGUGUUGGACAUUGAUUUUAAGAGCAUCAGGAGUGCUCACAAUCUAGCAUUUUUGUUCUUUUAAAUUACUAUCCGUUACUCUCCUGCUUCCAAGUCCCCGAGUGAGCACCCAGGAUGUGGCUGGGGUAAUAAACGGACAUGAGCAUCCAAGGGCAAUUGUGUUGUGCUUUGAUUCUGUGAAUGAACCAGUGCUAAAUGCUGUCCCUCCAUGAUUCUCCCCAAGCCCCAUUGGAGAGGACUCUGGGGCCAGAUUCUCCCCCCUGGUUCCAGGGGCCCUGGGUGACUCCUUUUGUCUGUUCAACCAGCACAACACAGAGGUCUGGGGAGGGACCCUUCCUUGGCCCCAGGUGUCCACCUCUGCCUGGCUUGCCCAUGCCCUGCUGGAGGGUGAGGUCAGGGCCAGAGCUAGUGAGGUGGCUGGGGAAGGGGGAAGGCGCCGAGGGCAGCCCAGCCUGGUGAUUCCACUUGCCUGCCAGACCAUUCCUCACCGCUCCAUCCAGCAUGCCAUGGACCUGCUGCCUCUGUAUGCUGCUGCUUCCAGGUCCCAGCCUGCACCAGCUUAGGUGUGGGAGGGAUCUGCCCUGUGGGGACCCAGGAAUCCUGCAAGACUCCUCCAGCCCUUUCCGGGGUGCCCAAUCCCCCAUUCCUUCCAUGGAGCCCAGGAGCUCCGUUCCCCAGCCCUCCGUAGGGCCCCCCAAUCGCUCACCCUUCCCCAGGGCCCAGGAAUCCCUCAGCCUCCCCAGGGGCCCGGAGCUCUCCCCACACUUUAUGAGGGCCUCCUGCCAUCUGGAGCCCGAGAGAUGAUGUGUGCAAAGGGCAGGGCUUAGCACAGGCCUGAAACAGGAGGGACCUGUGGUUGUCACCAGUGUUGCCUUGAACAGCUGUGAGACGUGAGGCACCGGAUCUGGGAAGGCACUUGCCCCAUGGAGAUGAUGAUGCUAAUGUCCACAGGUGCUCAGCACGUGGCUUCCUCUUGUCCUCAGCACAGUGAUGGACACAGGCUUGGACGCCCCCAGCUCACUGAAGGAAACCAGCCCAGGGUCACACAGCUGCACCCCUUGAAAGGACCAAGACAUGAAGGUGCAGAGGCUGUUGUUCCUGGUGCUCUUGCUGCGGUGUCCCGGUUCCCCAAACCCAAAUCUUGUCCAUGUUGUACCUGACCGUUUCCUUCUUGGCCCUGAUGGGGUUGGAGUUCUAUGGAAACUUCCCAUUAUCACUGCCCCCUUGGGAGUUUGUGUCUUUCUCAUCUAUAUCUGGAGAACCAUCCUCGCUAUAAAGCCUCGGCAAUACGCAGUAACCUUACAACAAAUAAAUGAGAAGAUCCAUCGAGUUAGGACAGAAAACAGGGAGCUUGCUCAGGAAAUAUCCCUUUGGGAGCUGAAGAUCCGGGAAGGCAAGAAACAUCUUGCAGAAACUAAGAGUGAACACAAGUUUCUCUCUGAGGAAGUUCUUAAAUUGAAGGAGAACAUCGAAAAGGUUGACGAAGUUAAUGAAAAUUUAAAUGACACCCUUCGUUGGGCACUGGCUCACUUGCAAAUUGAGAGAGAGAAGAAGGUCAAGAAUCAGGAUGUGGCCCAAGAUGCAUUCGAGGAUGGAGAGCAGAGAGCCUUUAGGGCCAAAAAACGAGAACUGCAGGAACGUCGACGAUUGUUGGAAGACCAUUGCAAUGCCCUGAGUUCUUUGAAAACAACUCAAGAAGCCGAAUUGAAAAUGCUGAGGAGGAAAGUGGAUAUCGUGGUGGAUUUCUCUAAACAAAGACAAGCGGCUGCCGAAGAGAAGGUUGCAAAGACCCGCUGCGACCUGGAGGCAACAGAGAGUCAGCUGUCCGCUGCCGUGGACAAUCUGAAAGGAAUCGAAGAAGCAACAGACAAGUACAA